UCAAAAUCCGGAAAUACGGAAGUCGGGCUUUAGACCCAGUCAAAAAUCGUUUUUAAAGUGAAAAUGAACUUUGAGAGCGCUACAGAACUCGAGAAGAAAAGACAAGAGAAACGAGAGGCUCGUCAGAUUUACCUUGAAAAGGCAAAAGAGAAAUAUGAAAAAGAGGAGAGAAAGAAAGAAAUUGCAAGAAAUAGAGGCGACGACAACUGGAUGCUGUCAUCUGUUGACCAGAGGCUUAAACAUGAAGAACAGAGUAUGAAAAAGUCAAAGAAGAAGAAAAAAGAAAAGAAGAAAAAGAAACAAAAGAAGAAGAAAAAAGAAUCUAGCAAUUCAUCAGAUUCUGACUCGGAAGAUGAUAGAGAGAAGAAAAAGUCAAGAAAGAAAAAAAAGAAGAACAAAUCCAGUAGCGAAUCAGACUCGGAUGAGGGUCCAGCCUGGGUAGAGAAGACCAAUCCAUCCAAGCCCACAGAGGCAUGUGAAACUGGUGUUAAAGGUCCAAAAUUAGAGAGAGAUAGUUGGAUGCAGGCACCUGUAGAUUUGUUCCCAACUAUAACCAGGCAGGAUCUUGUCAGCCGACGAAAUAAAGAGAAAGAAGAACUGGAUAAACAGAAGGAACUUCUGAAUAAGCCGGGCACCCACGAGAAAGAGUUGAACCCCUACUGGAAAGAUGGGGGAUCAGGGUUACCAGAAGAGCAGAAAAAAUCCACAGACAAGCCAGUAUCAGCAGGUGUGGGAGAUGCUGGGCUGUCCUGGUUAAAAAAAUCUUACCAGAGAUGUGUGGAACAAGCAAAGGAAGAAGGGAGGCCACUGGAAGAGCUGGCUGCAGAACGAUGGGGAUCUUUAGAGAAAAUUCAGGAAAUGAUAAGAAAUGCAGAAGUAACUUUAUAUGGUGAGCAAAAAUCAGGAUCUCAGGCAGACAGACCAAGAAAUAGAUUUAUGAAACCUUCUGAUAGUGAUAAUAAUAGUGCUAGAAAAUAUGACAGAUAUAGAAGGUCACGUUCAAGGUCACCUUCAAGACAUUCACAAAGAGAAAGGUCAAGAACACCAGAUAGAAAUAGAAGAAGGUCACGCUCAAGAGACAGAGGUGAAAGUUCAAGGUCUAGUUAUAGUAGCAAAAGUAGACGUUCAAAAUCUAGGUCAUUAUCUAGAGACAGAAGGAGAUCUUGCUCAAGAGAAAGGAAUAGGAGAAGGUCAAGGUCAAAUUCUACAGAAAGAUAUAGAAGAAGGUCAAGGUCAGGUGACAGAAAUAGGUCAAAUGGCUCGAGUUCAAUGAGAAGCAGGUUCAUGAAACCAGGAGAUAUGCAAGAUAAUGAAUACAAAGGGUCAAGGUCAGCGUCAUCUAAAGAUAAAGUACCAGGAUGGAAAAAGAAGGAGUUUCAUAAACCAGUUGAAAAUGAGGAUGAAUUUAAUAGGUCGUCAUCACAUAGAGAUGAUAGAGGUAGAAGAGAUGAGAAAAAUGACAGAAAAAAGAGACGCUCUCCUUCAUCCUCCUCCUCGUCAUCAUCAUCAGAUUCAAGCUCUGACAGCAGUGAUGAAGAUUCUGAUAAAGGUGAAAGGUCAAAAGUGAAACAAAGGUCAAGGUCACCUGUCAGAAUUUUGUCAGAAAAAGAGAUGAAUGACUUGGGUGCCAAAAUUGUGAAAGCUGAAAUUAUGGGUAAUGAGGAGCAGGCAGCAAAGUUAAAGGCCCAGCUUGAGGCAGCCAGAGAAGCUAAGAAAAAUGCACCUGCUGUUCCUCAAGGUCAAGGUCGAAAGAAACAUGAUGAUGAUGACUUUGUGACCUUGAUCCGAACUGAUAGGUCAGGGUUAGCUCGGCCUGUACCAGACAGUCAGCAUCCUGUAGAAUCUGGAGGAAAGAGAAGAAGGAAAAAGCAAAAGAUUGAGACACACACUGGUAAACAAGGGGAGAGAACUCAAUAUUUUGAUGAUGAUGACAAGUUCGACCUUAAAACACUGGUUGAACGAGAGAAAAUGGGUACGGCAGAAGAUCAAAACCAGAUGUUUGCAAGACUGGCUGGAAGGGCAGCCCAGAAAACAGACGAUGAUUUUCAAGUUGAUGAUGUUUUCCUUAGUAAGGCUAAUAGAAAACAGUCCGAAUCUAUCCUGGAGCAAAGAGACAAAGCUGCAGCUAUAUACGAACAUAAAAAAAUGGCAGCAUCACUGGAGAAGUGUAGGUUUUGCUUUGGCAAUGUGCCAAAACAUCUUAUCAUUGCCAUUGGUACAAAGGUAUAUCUGUGUUUACCAAACAACAAAUCUUUGUCGGAAGGUCACUGUUUAAUUGUACCAAUGCAGCAUGUAGCCUCAGGAACAACGGUUGAUGAAGAUGUAUGGAGUGAAAUACAGGUGUUUAGAAGAACUCUUACAAAGAUGUUUGCCGAUCGGGAUGAAGAUGUGGUGUUCAUGGAAACUAGUAUGAAGCUUAAACAGUUCCCUCAUAUGUGUAUAGAAUGUGUUCCCAUGGACAAAGAAGUUGGCGAUCUUGCACCUAUAUAUUUCAAGAAAGCCAUACAAGAGAGCGAGAGUGAGUGGUCACAGAAUAAGAAAGUUGUGGAUCUCAGUCAGAAAGAUAUCCGACACUCCGUUCCUAAAGGCUUUCCAUAUUUUGCGGUAGAUUUUGGUAACCAGGGUGGAUUUGCCCAUGUGAUAGAAGAUGAAAUCAAGUUUCCAUAUUAUUUUGGAAAGGAAAUCAUUGGUGGAAUGAUUGACGCUGAUCAUCGAUUAUGGAAGAAACCUCCAAAAGAGAAUUUUGAUGAGCAAAGAAGAAAAGUACUUCAGUUUGCUACCAUGUGGAAACCUUAUGACUGGACUCAAAAUAUUGCCAAGAAAAUGGAAUCCGACAGCAGUAGUAGUGACUCCGAUUGAGGUUUAACAAAGCUUCUGGGUGAAAUAGAUUUAAACAGCAGUUCUUCAACUCAGGUUUUUGGAGGGAGAAAUCGAGUUACAACUCCAAAUCUUCAGUGACUGUGAUAAAUGAAUGCAGAGGCCAUCAUCGUCAUGGCUGCUAAGACGAUCUAUUCAAAUUUAUUGGAGGUUUUUUUUUUUCAAUUAAAAAUGAACAAGGCACCUUUGAUAAGUUACACAACGGCAUCAUUGGCAUCAUAAUUUAGCACAAGAUGCCCAGUGACUCUGAAUGAUUUUGUCGAAGCUAAAGGCAAACUUAAAACAGACAAACAAAAAUAUUCCCCCCAUAAAAAAUCAAAAAGAGCGAAAUUGACUCUUAAAACUCUAAAGACAAGUGACUUUAUGAAGAUUAUUAUCUAUUUAUUAAAAAGUGUAUUUGUUUUCUAAAUAUAUGAAAUUAAUUAUAUACGAAAAAUUAAUUUCUGAAGAAAACACAUUGUCAUCACUUGUAAAA